AUGGAAGACGGAAUCAUUCAGCAGAUCAUGAAGUCGGGCAAGCGCGAGGGCGCGUACUACGAGACCGUGCCGACGACGAUCCCUCCCGAGACCCGUCGGCUAUUCGAAGAGUACGUUGGGACGGCAGCGGAUGACGUGAUUCCGUACCUGGCCGAGUUUCGUGACCGCCUCUGGGACGUGUAUCCAUGGCCGUGUGUGGGCCAGUUCAAGUUCGUCUCGCUCACGCUGUACCGGCAGCCGUCGUACGGCCGGAUCUGCGACAUUGUCCGCCGCGGCGGCCGCUUCCUGGACAUUGGAUGUGCAGCCGGCCAGGACCUGCGGUACCUGAUGCUAGAUGCAGCCGCGGGCCAGACGGAUGGGGCCGGAAACCCGCUGACGCCGUCUGCGCUGUCGGCCAACUCGUUUGGCCUCGACCGCAUGGCCGGUUACAUCGAGACGGCCUACGACUUCUUCCGCGACCGUGACCGGCUGCAGACGCGCUUCAUCGUGGCCGACCUGUUCGACCGUCGAGCGGACGGCCCGGUCGAGCCGUUGUUGCGCGGAUCCGUCGACGUGCUGCACGCUGGCAUGAUCGUGCACGUCUGGGACCUUCCGGGCCAGCACAGGGCCUGCGAGCGCAUCGUCGAGCUGCUGGCGCCGCGGCCUGGCGUCAUCGCUGUCGGCAACAACGUGGCCCGCCUCGAGGGCAAGGCCGGCGACUACAUCGGCCCCGAGGGCACCAUCAUGUACAAGCACGACGCAGCCAGCUUCCGCGCCAUGUGGGCAGAAGUGGGCGUCCGCACCGGCACCCGCUGGGAGGUCCGCACCCACAAUGACCCCGUCGUCGGUCUCAACGGCGAGACCGCCCACUGGAUCGACCCCGACACCAGCCGGCUGUACUGGGAGGUGGAGCGGCUGUAG